AUGUCCGAAUGUACGGAGCCUAGAUUCCGAGUGGCCAUCUGCGGUGGUGGUAUCGGCGGUCUGACGCUCGCGCUUGUCCUCGCGCGUAUCAAGGACAUAGCAGUCGACGUCUACGAUCAAGCGACGGACUUCAACAUCGAGAUCGGGGCCGGAAUCUCCCUUCAGUCCCGUAACUUGCGCUUUCUGUCCACGUUGGGACUCAAGGAGGACGUCGUCGAGAUUAGCGCAAAGCACAGUCAAGGAACUAUGUUCUCAGUCUGUAAGGCUGAUCAAGGCGAGCUCAAAGUAGCCAUGGAGACUGCUGGGGGAGGCGGAGCUGUGUCGCUACAUCGUGCAGAAUUCCACAACAUCCUCUUCCGCCAUAUACCGGAGCACGUCGGAAUGCACCACAACAAGCGACUCGUAUCUUACGCCGAUCCUGAGGAUGGCUCGCCCAUCCGUCUCGACUUUGCGGACAGCUCUUCCGCUACGUGUGAUAUUCUCAUAGGUGCGGACGGCGUCAAGAGCGCCGUGCGCGCUACGCUACUCGAAGGUCUCGCCGCUCGCACUGGGGAUGUACAAAAGGCUGAGAGGUUGCGUGAUGGCAUUGCCCCUCGGUACAGCGGUGUCACUGUGUAUCGUGCCGCCAUGUCAAGGGAUAGACUGGCGCAGGUCGGCAUAGCAGCCGAUGGCACUGUCUGGACUUACGCUGCGAAGAUCUAUACGGGAAAUAAUCUGGCCCUCGUCAUAUACCCCAUCUCUCAAGGUCUCAAGCUCAACGUAGCAUUAUACAACAUCGACUUCUCGCAGGACGGUACGUUCCACCCCCAACCAUGGGUCACGGAGAUGAAGGGCGAUGAACUCAUCCACCGCCUUGAUGGUUGGGCGGAAGAACCGCGGAAGAUCGUUGCCGGAUUCAACGGCAUGGAGGCAAAGAAAUGGGUCGUGAAUGUCUUAUACCCGCUUGAAGAGUGGUCUUCAGGUCGAGUGACUUUACUUGGAGAUGCGGCUCAUGCAAUGACCUCAUUCCAAGGUGCUGGCGCUGGACAAGCCAUGGAGGAUGCCUUAGUUCUUUCGACUCUCUUCAAAGACCCGCGCGUCACGCGCGAGACAGUGCAUCACGCUUUCCGCGCAUAUGCCGACGUGCGCCGCCCCGUAGCCAAGGCGUUCUACGAAGCUUCACGCCGCAACGGGGAGCUAUUGAGUGAUGCGAGUCUAUCGCCCGGAGAGCUGGCCUCGGAAUUCGGCAAGGCUAUCAUGGCCAUUUGGGGGAGUCCUGAACCUGAGAACGAUGCCCAGCAGGCGCUUGAGCAGUUCGAGAAGGCCAUCGCGGCUUGA